AUUAGUCAGAUAAGGGGAGGAGUCUCUCACUGACAUGAGACUGGCUCUUCUGAGUUUGUCUGCUCCCUAAAAUAGCAGUUCGUGUGUAAAUGUGACUGAAAUUACCUGUAUGUCUAUUGGAGCCUCUGAUAUAGAGUGUCUAUAUACAACGAGGAACUUGGGAGACAAGGACAUUUUUCCCAAGGAGGAAAACGCAGCAGGAAGCUUAACGCAAGUGAGGGAAGCAUUGAAGGGAAAGGAAGAGACAGACAGGAGCUGGAUUUUCCCAUAAAGAGAAUAUCACUGCUUUGAUAGUUGGAUUGUGGUGUGGUCACAAGAAGGACAGAGUAAAACCAAGUAGAGUGUUGUACAAUGUGCUAGGAGUGAAGGAAAGAAGACAAGCUCUGUUGUUUUUCUGAUAUUCUUGAGGUGUCAGAGAGACCAAACAAGACGCAGAGAUGGGCCGGAAGAAGAUACAGAUCACGAGGAUUAUGGAUGAGAGGAACAGGCAGGUUACCUUCACGAAGAGGAAGUUUGGGCUAAUGAAGAAGGCCUAUGAGCUCAGCGUUCUAUGUGACUGUGAGAUAGCCCUGAUCAUAUUCAACAGCUCAAACAAACUCUUUCAGUAUGCGAGCACAGAUAUGGACAAGGUCCUGCUCAAAUACACUGAGUACAACGAGCCCCACGAGAGCAGAACCAACUCCGACAUUGUCGAGAAAUUAAGAAACAAAGGCCAUAAUGACCUGUGUGCCAGUCCUGAUCCAGAUGACUGUUUUGGGCACAGCCCCCUCAUGGACGACCGUUUCGGCAAACUAAGCGAAGAGAGUGAUUUAAUGUACAAGCGCUGUGGUGCGCUAAACAAGAAAGAACACAGAGGCUGUGAUAGCCCGGACCCUGAUGCCUCAUAUGUCCUCACCCCUCACACAGAAGAAAAGUAUAAAAAAAUUAAUGAGGAGUUUGAUAAUAUGAUGAGAAAUCAUAAAAUCCCCACGGCGCUGCCCCAGCAGAACUUCCCCAUGCAUGUGGCAGUGCCAGUCUCCAACCAGAAUACCAUGUCCUACAACCCAGGAGGAUCCAUGAGCAGCCAGGCCCUGGCCCAGGCCGCAGCCUCUCUGAGUGACAGCGGGAUGCUCUCCCCCCCUCAGGCCUCCUUACACAGGAGCGGGGGUCAGCAGAGGCCCCCCACUCAAGGCAAUGCGGGGGCCCUCCAAGUGAAAUAUGGAUUGGCAUUCUUGGAAACACUACCGAGGAGUGGCUUUGUCAACUCCAGGGGCUCUCCGGGACUCCUGGGCACACCCAGCGGGAAUGGCCUGGGGAAAGUUAUGCCCACCAAGUCUCCACCGCCCCCUGGAGUGAACAUGGGGAUGGGAAACCGCAAGCCAGACCUGAGAGUGGUGAUCCCCCCAUCCAGCAAAGGCAUGAUGCCCCUACUGAACACCCAAAGGCUAAGCAGCUCCCAGUCCCAGCCACUGGCCACCCCAGUAGUGUCUGUCACCACCCCCAGCCUGCCCCCUCAAGGCCUGGUCUACUCAGGCAUGCCCACCGCUUACAACACCGAGUACUCCCUGAGCAGUGCAGAGAUCUCCUCCCUACAGGGCUUCGGCUCUCCAGGGCUCUCUCUGGGCUCCAUGUCGGCAUGGCAACAACAUCAACUGGGCCAGGCAGCUCUCAGUUCUUUGGUGGGUGGUGGUCACCUACCUCAGGGCUCCAACCUCUCCAUCAACACCAGCCAAAACAUCAAUAUCAAGUCAGAACCCAUCUCCCCUCCUCGGGAGCGCGUCACCCCCUCUGGCUUCCACCAGCAGCAGCAACAGCAGCGGCAUCAGCAGCAGCAGCAGGCGUCCGGCCGGCAGGACCUGGGCCGCUCGCCAGUGGACAGUCUCAGCUCCUCCUGCAGCUCAUAUGAUGGCAGCGACCGCGAGGACCACCGGCCAGACUUCCACACCUCCUCCAUGGGGCUGGGCAGACCCCCGGCCGGCACCGAGGACAACAGGGCGAGCCCUUCUGUCAAGCGCAUGCGCAUGGACACCUGGGUGACAUAGAGCCACAUGGUCAAGCCUCCAGUCACCAGCUAGUCAGAGGGAGGGAGGGAGGGGGUAGACUUGGGGGAGAGAUGGAUGGGGUAGGAAAGGUCCUUAUAGUUAUCAUUAUAAUAUUAUUAUUUAACUCCAUUUCAUUUUGUAAGAAGGAGAAUGGCAAAUACAAUUAAAGGACAUAUCUAAAUUAAAUACGUCUCACAUGAAUAAGAAGAGCAUUCAAGUAGUUGGACUGAAUUAUGUACACAAACAGAUGUUAUCAGGUACUGGGUGCAAUCAAGAUUAUGUUUGCAGGAGUCCGAUGUUCAAAGAAAAAAAAGCAAAUGAAACAAUCUAGUUUAUUGUAGUCACUGGUCUAGUCUGGCACUUACUUGUAGUUUGCUGUUGUGGUUGCAAGUUGCAAACAAUCAAAGAAAGUCAGAGUGUUGCCUACUGGCUGAGGUUUUGCUUGUGGCAUCCACUGUUAGAGCGCAGGUUUCCAACAUGAUGGUGUAACCGCAUACACCUUUAAUCUCACACAAUGUUGACUCAAUUUGUCUCUUUCUAUUAAGUUAUUACAUCAAAUCGAUGUGAAAUCUCAUUUUAAAACAAAAUCGACCUCAGAGACACUACAACAUAAUUUGAAAGAGGUAGAAAUUCUCUCGUGGGGUUUGAGACAGGAAAAGCUAUCAUGUAUGGGAAGGACAUGGCUCAGAGUCAUGCGAUUAGUUAUAAAAGAGAUGAAAAGUAUAUUGCAAUAAUAACAUAUUCAUUUUAUAAUCUGAUAUGGGAAAUUAAGAUAAUGGGAAAUGGUCCAGUUGAACUGGUAGCAUAGUAAUAGUAAGAAAUAUUCUCAUUGCUCCAACAAUUCAUUGGUAAUGUAAGCCAAAGCUGUACUGUAUGUUUAUUUGUUAUUUUGUAGCUAUGUUUUCCUAGCAAUUCUCUCAAAAACAACUGUUUAUCUUAGUUGUGUUUUUACUGUGCUCUGUUACAACCAAUACGAAGACAUGCAAGCCAGAUCUUGAAUCAAUAUCUAAAGCCAUGAACACUUGAUGUUCUGUUUGUAAAAUUCUAAAUUUGAGCCAAAUGUUUUCCUUUGUUAUGUAAAUAGCAACUUUAAUAUUUAUCACCUUGGUGUUAAGUACGUAUGUAUUGUACCAUCACCAGAUUCAAGAAAAAGGUAUAUUUUUGUGGAUUACUGCCAUGUUUACCCAGCGAGAUCCUUAUUAAGUAGAGUAUUCACUGGUUAAUAUUUACUAUUUUGUUAAUUAUACUGUGCUUUCUUUAAAAUUUUGUUAUUACUGUUUUAAAAUCAGUGGAUUUAUUUCCAGAGUAGUUUUUUGGGUCAUUUUCCCUUUAAUAGUGGUGAAUAUCUGUCCCUAUGAAAUUGUAAUAACAGUGCUGUGAGGUUAAAGUUCCUGUAUACCGUAUGUUGUGAAGGAAAAUCGCAAUGCUAAGGAUAACAUGGUUCCUUCUAUUGUGUUAACUAUUUACCUGCAGCUGCUGGAUACUCUGCCAACUUUCAAACCCAAGGUCCCAUCUCAGCAUUGCAAAACCGCCCAUUGUGAUUGUGCUUAGCUCAAUCGAAAGAUAUGCCAUUUCAUGAACCAUGCCGAUAAACCUAUUUAUGUUUAAUUAAAUUAUCCAUCGAUAGAUCACUCUGGUGAAUUUUUUCACAUUGAGUAAACUAAGUUACAAACGUUGUAAAUAUCAUAGCCUAAAUGUACAUCUCAGUCAUGAUUAUGUAUAAAAUGUAUCCAUUUUAUAAAUUGGCACAGUAAAAUAUCCUUUGUAAAUGCCCCAUCACUAGUAGGAAAUGAAUAAUCCAGAAAUAAUGAUGUCAUAAACAGGGUGUAGUACUGGUGAGGGGAAACAGCCAUUUUCUGUUUCACUGUUGUAUGUUUGCCUGUGUGAGCAUAUCAGACCAUGCAGAGGCAUGUAGGUCAUUGUCUGUUACAGGUGGCCCUGGUUUCGUGAUACCCAAUCCUCACAGUGGCAAAGUGUCAGAGAAUUCAGCAGCUAAAACGUAGUAGAGACAAUGCAACUGAAUUGACUUGAUCUCACACUGCUGGAUUGCACACAUUUGUAUGAGAAUUGUGUUGUACAAAAGGAGUCUCUCUUUAUAUUUGCUAUAUUUUCCCUUGUGUGUUUCUUCUCCAUGCCCACCUCCACCCCUUUCAUUUGAUCCAUAGCAGUUGGCCAUAAGCCAAUAGUGAUCUAUGUAGUUUACAACUCAUACUCUGUCCUGAUGAGACCCCAACAAAAUGUGACUUGAAGGGUCCAGUCUACUAUUAGAUGUUAUUGCAAGUCCCAUAUAGUCACCCUCAGUACUAGAAUGAAGAUUUGCGGAUAUGAUGAAGUAGGAACUAUGUGCUUAGGGCCUACAGGGCCUGAGCAGAUGAAAAUAUGACUGUUAACCUUUAGUGCCACUGUGUGAGGGAGCUUGAUAGGCAGUUGCACAUCAAUUUGAAAUCAUGUAAACAUUUUUGAACACAUUGUUUUCCUCAGUCUUGAUCAAUUCAGAAAUAUUUUAGAGAUGCAUAAGAAACACAACAUAACUUAUUAAUAUCAAAUUUAACACUUCAGGUUACAGAAUAGCAAUAAAACCAUUACACUAUUCUUAAAAGGCAGUAGCAGUCUUUUUUUUAUAACUUCAUCACACAAUUACAUGCACACUUUAGCACUUGGUAGGAUAUCAGGGAAUUUUUCUAGGUUCACUCUUUAUAUGCACGGUUAGAAAAUAGCCUUAUCCCAAAGAAUUACUCAUGUUAUACAUCAAGACAAGCCUCACAAAGCUCCAAACUUGCACCCCUACAGCUAAAGAAGCUGACAUACAUUACAGUACAUAGACUGGAUAAUCACACUCCCCUGAAAUCAGAUUCACACAAGGAAUGUAUUGAGAAUGUAAAGGGAUAGACUUGCUUUUUUGGUCUAUGUGCUGUGUAAAAAUAUGCACAACUAUUGAAUGUGAAAGAACAGGAUUUAAGGAGACAACAGAACUUUGUUUGAAGUACUUUCUUCACUUUGCUUUGCGAGAGUAAGCCUACAAUGCUUUGCUUUAAGGCUUUUACAAAACAGAACUAUGUGUUUGGUAAUUGUUGUAGUUAAUAGUUCACUUAAAGAAGCUGUUUGCGGUUUGGAUGCUCAAACCGUUUGGCGGCACAAGCUGGACUUUGUUGCCAUGAAUGAAACAAACUGUUUCAAAAUCAAGAGAGAAUUUUAAGUUCAUCUGCAUUUUAUUUCCCUUGAAUGUGUUGUUUUAUCUUCAUUAUACAAUAAAUAUUCUAGUGAA